CUUAGCACAAAAAGGCCUACUUGACGUUUCGAGGUCAGACCAACAACUUUUCCAGUGGUGCUAGGAACUUCUUUCGAAUUAUGGCUUCCCUUUCUACUAUAGAUACGAGUGCUUCUGUGAUGCAACCAGCUCAACUUUUAAAUUGGGUGUUUUUGACUUUAGCAGAUCAACAGAAUGCUGUACCGAACGGACAAAGUUUAUAUACAGAUCCUUGGAGUAACCCCAGUAAUCCACCCAUUACAUCAGUAACUACUGUUAAUAAUCUACUUAAAACUCAUAGCCAAAGUAUCUUUACCCACGAUCCAUGGUCCAGUCCCGUUCCUGGUGGAAUAAAUACGGCAACAUCCCCGUAUGGAAGCAUUCAGGAUUUAGCAGAUCAUUUUAGUGAUUUAUCAUUAUCUAUAGAUCGUAAACCAGUCCGACGACCACCUAGUACAUACUUGUGUCAUUUGUGUUUUAAUAAGGGUCAUUACAUCAAAGACUGCCCGCAGGUAUGUGAUGAAGCACGCCCAAAAGGAGAAGGUCUCACUCCAUACCAGGGUAAAAAGAGAUGUUUCGGAGAAUACAAAUGUCCCAAGUGUAAACGAAAGUGGAUGUCGGGAAAUAGCUGGGCCAACAUGGGUCAAGAGUGUAUUAAAUGCCAUAUCAAUGUAUAUCCUAAUAAACAGCGACCACUGGAAAAGCCUGAUGGUCUGGAUGUGUCAGACCAGAGUAAAGUUCAUCCUCAGCACCUAUGUGAGAAAUGUAAGAUGUUGGGGUUCUAUUGUAGAAGAAAUUAGAUAAAACAGCUGGUGCAUAUUGUUUGUCCCUAGUGUUGAACAGAAAUAGCAUGCUCAGAAGUAAACAAGCCUUUGGUGCCUUUUACAGACAAGUUCUUUCUAUAUUUGGUGCCUUUUUAAGAAGAGUGUCUUUGUAUAUAUUUUGUGGUCUUAUUUAUUGCAGUUUAUAACCUAUCUUCUGAACAUGCUGUAAACUGAACACUCAGUUCCUUUUUAAACUUAAUGAAGUUUGCCAUAAACCUUUUUUUUUGUGCUUACAUUAAUAACUUAUACAAGUGUGUGCCAAAAUGAUCUAUAUUACCAUUUUUAAAAUGCAUUUAUUUCUUUUAAAAAAGGCAGAUGUUUUUAAUUCUUUGAACUAUUAUUAAAUAACUCAAUAAAAGAUGAUGGGAAUAUAAUAUUAUAAUAAGUUAUAGAUAGAUUUAGCCAUAGGAAGAAUUAUGUAAAAUGAAUAAUUAUAUCCAGUAAAUGAGAGGAUAAGAAUUGUAGAUUCAUGAGAGUUCUGUAAUGUAUGACUGGAAAUUUAAUCUAAAAAUUGUGGUGUUAAAAAAUAUGUAAGGUAUUAAUUUAUGUUGAUAAGUCUGUUAUUGGUAUAUCCCCUACAUGUAUGAAUUGAAUGAUCUUGAGAAAUUAAAUAGCAGUAAUAUUUACUGUUCUUCUUUCUCGGUUAGAAUAUUUUGUAACAAUAUUUUAUUCAGGACAUUUAUUUUUUAGACCCUGAUCAUUGUACUAAAUUAUAGAUUCCAGUUUAACUAUAAAGAAAUAUUAAGUAGGGGAUAUACCAAAUGUGUAUGGUUGAUUUAAUGUUAGUAAGACUACAUCAUGGUGAUUUCUAUGGACCAGAAAGAACAACAUCCCAUUUAAUAAUAUUUCUUUCCUCUUGUUGUGACUUAGGACAUAUUUGGAAUGAAGAUUAAAUUGGAUUGGCUAUUUUUUUUACAAUCCAAGGUGCAAUUUGUAUCGACCAAGAGCUGGUAUAACAUUUUAUAAUGUUCUCUUAAAAUACAGCAUGUGCUGGAUAACAUGUGUAUGUCCCAAGUUAUAACUAGAUAAUUGAAGUGUAAAACAUGUUAUAUGAUCUAUGUGUGGGAUGGUAUGUUCCACACAUGUGAGAGAUGCACAUUCUCUCACCUAGAAAUUAUUGUUCAUAACAUUCUUUUUAAAACUUUGACCAAGAAUAAUGGUUAUGAUUUGUAAAUUUCUGGAAACAAGUAAUACUAAGAGACAGAACAUGGAGCUUUUAUAUCUAUAUUGAUGAUGGUGUUUUAUUUUGUAUAUAUUUGGUGUGGAUUGCUCUAUUGCUAAAGCAGAUAUAACAGUAAGAAGAUAUUUGUAUAAAUUUGUUUUUUUGAUAUUUCACUGAAAAGAAAAGAUUCCAGUUGUCUUCUCAUUUCCAUCCACUGUUUAGAAAAGCUCAUACAUUUUUUAUGUUUUAUUUAAGAUAGAUUUUUAUUGUCGAGGAUUAUGUUAAUUUAGUACAUUUUAGAGAAAUGUAAUUGAUUUGUUGUAUUAACUUAUGGAUAACAUAAUCGAAAAAAUAAUAUGUGCCAAAAAGGGGGCUAGAUGUCCAGUAAUUUAUUUUUAAAGAUUAAUUUGGUAUAUUUUGACAUUAGUUAAGAUAGUUAAUUAAUAUAUAAUAGAGAGAGGUAUAUGUUUAUUUAACCUGUACAUGCAACUGUUUUAUCAUGUCUGUGGACAAGUAAAAACCACAAAAAUGGCUAUGAGGUCAAAUGUCAACAAACAUGUAUAUUAAAUUAAAAGAUUUUUUUUAGCUCAAGAGGUUUUGUAGAUUUUCAGUCCUAUUUAAAUUAAAUUAUAUUCUGAAUUGUUACAACUAGACACUAUAUGUAUAUAAUUUUGGUAAGCUUUCAGUAUUAAAACUUUUAAUGGAUUUGCAUUAUGAUGUACCUUUUCAUCCUAUUAUAUGUUUUUCAUCCUUAUUUUUAUUUGUGUGAUAUGCUCAAUUAUUUGUGAUUUGUGUGUGUGCAUGAUACUCGCCAAUAAAUAUUUAUACAGUCAA